AUGCCAGGGGCGUUUUCACGUGGCCUGAACGUUGGAAAACUUGAGAUACCAAGUGGCGGGAACCGUCAGGUUCAAAGGCUCUCACUUGUGGACAAUGAGUCCUCCAGCUCCCGACCACUCGCAAUCAACUCACCAGAGAAAUUCGAAAAGAUCAGAGAUCAAGAUAUGACAAGAUGUUGUAUUGAAUCCCCAAACAAACUGCAAGCUCGCUACACAUACCCCAACACAUUCCAUGCCUCAUCAUCGUCCACGUCUUCAGACUUCCACAAAAGUGAAUCGGGGGCUUCAUACAGCACUGAGCUUAGCACCGCCCCUAGCACCAGCCCAAGCCCUAAAUUAAUCUCUCAACAGUUGCCUUUGGCAGAAGUAACGGUCGAUGACUGUCCCUCGCUAGAGACGCAUGAGGGAAACCAGCCAGGUACCCGAGAUGACCCGUACCGGAAUCCAGUACAAAUCCCUGGUUGUCUGCCACCAACAUUUGUUUACCCCCAUAGUAGCUCAUCCAUACGCGAGUCAUAUCAUAACAGAUUUCGGGAGGUUGUAAACUUGUUCCGACGAAACACAUACGAGGACCCGAAACUACGAGGGAGCAUGCGGUUCAUUGAUUAUACACUGAAGCUAUGCGGGACUUCGCCAGCAGAUGCCCGUCCAUCUAUCCUUGCCUUUUGCCGGAAAAGUGAUUUCAAGGCACUCAACCGACUCUUAACCAAUAAGGAGCUCAAAUAUCAAUACUCUCUUCGUCGAUCGUCCUGGAGGCCAUCAUGGUUGGGACAAGAAACAGCAGCUAGCACCACGAGCGACAAACCGUUGUUCAAUCUGUAUUUCUGGCGCCAGAGCAGACCGAGAAGCCUCUUCUGGGGGCAAUGCCAAGCCAAAAUACACGAGAGCCGAAGCGACGCAUACCCUGAGAAAGCAGGAAGACCUUUGAUAUGCGGCUCCAUUGUUGAGAUUCGGACAAAGGACAUACAAUUUUCGACCCUUGGUUGCACUUUGCAGAUAGGUUCUGAAUGGUACACAACCACGUCAAGGCAUGCAUUCAGACAUGCAUUCAGGUCACCCACAUCAGCGGAACACUUCGAUGGGAAAUCGGAGCCCGCUGUUUCUAUCAUACAACCAGCGACAGAACCUCGAAAAGAGGAUGACCGGAUUUAUGGCUCCGAUUCAGAUCCCUCCGAUGCUGGCGCAGAGGACUAUCUAGUAGAUGACAUCGAAUAUGAAAGCCUCCCCGAAGAAGACGAGGAAGACGACUGGGAUGAGGAAGAGACCCAAAUUGCACUUGACAGUUACUGGGAGAAGAUCAAUACCACGCUUAGAAAAGGCCAAGAUGAGGCGGUCGAGGAGGCACCUGUGAUCUUCAUAUCGUCAGAGGAUCUCGACAAAUCUGGCGACCUGGACUUGGACUGGGCCCUGCUCAAAUGGGAGAAGCGUAAUGACCAUACGUGGGUUCCAAACUCAUAUAGUUCACCCAACUUGCCAAGUCCCAUCUUUCUCUCUAAGGUUUCCCAGUCUCAGCCGGUGAAGGAAACAUCAGUUUUGGUCCUCACAAGUCGCCAAUCGCCACGGCACGGAGUGCUACAGCCUGGUACUGCCAUGCUGGGUGGCAUAAGUGGAAGACAAUCAUCCAUUGCAUGGAUUGUUCUAUUGAAUGAGAGGAGUAGUCUCACGUAUGGUGAUUCUGGAGCGCUUGUCAUUGAUGCCUUGACGAACGACAUCUAUGGUCAUGUGAUUGGGUCCAAUCCGCUAGGUGAAAUAUACAUCAGCCCAUUCGUUUCGGUAUUGCAGCAGAUUCGACAGAAAUUUUCCGGGCAAGCCCUAUCACUACCGAAGCCCCCUAAUAUGAAUACCGAUACUUCUGCUACUACGGACGAUAUCAUCGAACUUUAUCAUUCACUGCCAGAUCUGUCUAAGGGCAAGGGUUUACCUAUAUUGGGUGAGCCGAGCCAGCCACAUUGGACUUUUACACCAACCUCUAAGGCUGUACGGUUCCAGCACGACAGUAUAGAAGAGGUUGCAGAAGAGCACUUCGAAGAAUCACAGUCUGAGGCCAGUUCUGGAGGUGAUCCACUUCUAAGAGUUACCCGUGUUCCUCCAUAUCCGGAUGAGCCUCAUGUUGCUGCCAACUUGGGGGCUGCUGGAAACGUUUUUGUGGUCCAGAAGGACUCUAUGGCAGAAGAAUUCGAUGACGCAUAUGUUACAAAGCCACACCCUGAGACAAGUUCGGGGCCUACUAGAUUACAGGUUUCUCAAGUUCAUGACGAGAAGACACCGCUUGUAUUCAUACCUCCUCCCGAAGAAUCGACUCCAAGUGCUGAACUACCUGGCCACUCCCAACCCGCCCACUCAGCAUUGUAUUUCAAAUCUAUGCCACCCUCUGCCUCAUCGAAUACUUUUGCCUAUCGCCCACCUUCGAGACCUCUCAUUUCUCCGAGAGAUGUCUAUUACCGGCAAACUCAUGGUCCUCGAGUUACCAGUCUUGAGGAAACUCAUAGGUAUCGAGAUCUAUCACUUUCUGGCGCUGUGCCCACAGCUGCUGCCACGGGCCCAAUGAGAAAUAGGGGGCAUCGUAAUUUACCUCCUCCACAGUUUGGGCCGCAUCCUACCACCCAGAGAUUGGCUCAAAGGCAAUCUAGCGCCGGGGGUUCCGCGCCACCAGGGAGACAUGAUAGAUCCGAGCCUCCCUAUCGUUCUCGUUACGAGGAUCGUAGUGAAGUCCAUAGCGAAGGAGAUAACAAUAUUGGUAGACCGACGGCUGGGUAUUAUCACGGACCCCAAAGAGAUGUCUCAAGUUUGCGUGAAGAUCGAGGAGAACUACUUCAUGACAGGGACGUAUCGGAAGGGCAAGAUUAUCAAGCUGGGAAGAUUGAUGAUAGCCCUUAUGUCGACAUGGAUAUUCUAAGAGGCGUCAGACCCCGGCAUGAUUUGUACUCGGGAAACGGGCCGAUGGACAUACAGAAUUUUCCUCGGGCGAGAGACCCAGAUGCGAUGAAAUACCAAGAGUAUGUCGACAGCUCGAUUCCUCUUACAGCUGAAGCUCUAUGGAGAGCGAGGAAUGCGAGGGGUAGUGGAACAAACAGACGAAGUACCACCAGCUACGCGACGAGCAGAAGUUCCGCUAGUAUCAGGACAGGCCGUACCUCCCAAAGCUACGAUACAGAUAUCACAGCUCCUUCUGAAUAUGGGGGAAGUGAUGCAGGCGUCCUAAGUAGUGGGCGUUCUUCCAUCCAUGACGAACUAGUGACACCACCCGCACGGCGUUUCCAGAGGGCUCCAGGGGUACGUCAAAGUCUUGGAGAUUCGCUCCGAAGACUGCGGUCGGAGUACAACCGGUCACCUCCCGAUGGAAUGUUCUCGAGAUAUGACAAACCCGGACCAAGGAGUGCCCAGAACUUGCAUUCAGCGACACCAGAUGAUGGGGGCCGUGAGCUUCGUGAUCAAGAGGGGUCUUAG